GCCAGGCCUGGAUUUCUUUGAGUGCUUUGAGAGGAGGUGUGGAGUGGAGCCCUCUGCGACUUGUUUGUAUCUUGUGAGCUGUGUGUGGUUGUAUUGGAUUUUACUGUACUGUGUAUAUGUGUAUCUAUCAGUGUGUGUAAGAGAGUGUGUGCUGACAGAUUUGCCUGUGUGUGAGUGUGUGUACACUUUCGCUUGUGUGUUUGUCAGUAUAUGUAGGAGUGUGUGAGUUUACAGGUUUGUAUGUGUGUAUGUGUUUGUAUGUGUGUAUGUCUUCUUGUGCGUAUGUGUAUCCCUGUGUGUAUGUGUGUAUGUGUCUGACGUGUGUUUUUCCAGGUUUGCUUGUGUGUAAGUAUGCGUGUUUUGUGUGAAUCUGGGUGUUUGUAAGAGUUUGUGUGAGUAUAAGUUCACUUCUGUGUAUUUCUGUGUGUGUGCCUGUGUGUGUGCCUGUGCCUGUGUGGGUGCCUGUGUGUGUGUGUGUGUGUGUGUGUGUGUGUGUCUGUGUGUCUGUGUGUGCACGUGCCCAUCCCCUUUUGCCCCUUGUAUCUAUAUUACCUGCACCUCAGUGCAAGAGAGUGUAGAGGCCAGAAAUCACCCCGGCUGCUGUUCCUGAGGUAGCAUUAGUACUGAUAAAAUGCCUACAGAGACUGAGGAGGAGUUACCAACACCUACACCCGAGCCCAGUAUCUCUGAGGAGGGCAACUUCCAUUCCCAAUACCAAGUAUUGGGGACAAUUGGGCAAGGGGGCAACGCCAAAGUCCUCCUGGCCCACCACCGGCUCACAGGAACCCCGGUGGCUGUCAAAGUUCUGCGAAAGGACAAGCAGUGGUUCCAGCCAGCCAUGAUGGAAGCAAACAUAAUGAGAAAGAUCAACCACCCCAACAUAGUGUCUCUCAUACAAGUUAUUGAAAAGGAAACGAGAAUAUACCUCAUAAUGGAGCUGGUGGAAGGCCAAGAACUCUACCAGUACAUCAGAGAGUCAGGGCACAUAGAGGAGGAUGAGGCCCGGCAAAUAUUUGAACAGAUAUUGUCAGCAGUGAGCUACUGCCAUGGAAAGGGGAUUGUUCACCGAGACCUCAAACUGGACAAUAUAAUGAUUGAUAAAAACAAAAAGGUCAAAGUCAUCGACUUUGGGCUUAGCACCCAAUUUCAACCUGGAAAAAUGCUAAACCACCACUGCGGCACGUACUCUUUUGGUUCCCCUGAACUCCUCCUUGGCCAUCGGUAUGACGGGCCGAAGAAUGAUAUGUGGAUUAUAGGAGUGGUCUUGUACUGUAUGGUAGUGGGAAAGCUCCCAUUUGAUUCAGUGAUCAUCCAAGAACUGCAGAGACAAGUAGUGGCAGGGGUAUAUCCUGCUCCCUGUGGGGUUUCAAAAGAACUGGAGGACCUCCUUAGUAAAUUACUAAGGGUAAAUCCCAACUUUAGACCAACAGCAAGAAAGGCGAUGAAACACCCUUGGUUCAAAGAACACUGGAACGGAUUGAUAGGUCCCUAUGAAGAAAUGCUUCCCCUCACACCAGACCCGGCCAUUUUGGAUGCCAUGAAAAGCAUUGGAUUCCAAGCCUCUGUAGUAAAACACUCUUUAAAACAAAGAAAAUAUAAUGAGGAAAUGGCAACUUAUUUCUUUCUACAAAAGCAGGCUCUCCAGGGGGAUGGCUGCACAGCCCAGGCACAGCAAGUGAGUCCCGUUGUAGCCCCAUUUCCUAGCCUUGAUCCUGCUGCUGCUUUUAGAUUAGAACCAAAGAGGAGUGGAAGCCUGCCAGUCCUUGGCACCUUGCGGGUGUCAUCCUCCCAUGGUCACGUAUCUCACUAUGGCCAGAAUGCUCAUCCAAAAGGAGGCAAAAGAUCCACUGUGGCUGGUCGUCUCAGGCCUCUACCGAUGACACCUACACAGGACCACUAUCACAAAUGUGCCGUGAGUGUCCCAUGCAUUCAAACAACAAGCAUCUUCACUGAGAAGAGUAGCAAUAAGGAAAUCAAAGAAGACAACCCACUCUCCCACAGAGCCCCAUUAGAGGAUAAGCCCAUCCCCAGCAGGGUCCGGCACAGAGGUUUUAAGGGGUGGACCAGGAAUAUAGCAAAUGCCCUGAUAAAGCUGUGUUGCUGCAUGCCAAGGAGAAAGAAACCUCGCCUGGGGCAGAACAGAAUCUCCCCCCAGAAAUGAGCCACAGGGAGAGUCCAGAGAACAAGCAGCAGGCAUAGCCCAGGUACCUUUGUGCUUUGUCCUUUUCAAUUUGCUCUAUGCUGGUCCUUCCUCUGUCUCUGGUUUCCAUUUUCCCCACAAUUCUUACCUUGUAUAUGCUCUAAGUUCUUUAUGAGGUUUCCCCAACACCAAGCCUUUUCCCUCUCCUUGAUUUCUCCUCUUCCCAGCAGGGACCCAAUAGGAUUGAUGAGUUCCACACUCUACAGAGUUUUCUAGUUGGCCCAUCCCUUCAGAUGGCCUCCAGCUCCCCCUUAGGCCAAUAGCUCCCACAGGGUGAGGACUAGAGGGUCAUGGGCUCAUGGACUCCUCCAGGGGCUACUGAUCUUUUCACAUGUGGUCAUCAAUCACAAGUGCUGCAGAGCAGAGUCUUAUGUUUUCAAA